GGUCUUAGCACUGUUGUUUGAUUUGUAUGGUUCUGGAACAGAAGAAUACAUUUGUAUUUGACUAGUAAAACCCAACAUGUCUGAGUGUCAACUGCAUUAUUUUGUCGUCACGUGGUCUUUACUUGUGUUUUUAAGUUUUGAUCUGCUGGUGACAGAAAUCUCCAGUCUCACAGCCCCGCAACAUGAAGCAAGCCAGACAAACAAUCGUCAGGAUUUCCAACUGGUGGGCGGAGACAGCAGAUGCAAUGGUAUUGUGGAGGGGAAGGACAAGGGAGAGUGGAGGCCACUGGAAGACCAAUGGAGGCUCUGGAAAACAGAACACUCUGCUCAGCUGUGCACACAUCUGGGCUGUGGAAGUGUUAUUUCAAUGAAAAGACAUUAUCUACCCAGAAGGAAGCCUGUGUGGGCGCUGGACCAUCGUUGUGAAGACAGCGGCCGAUCAAUUUGCACUUCAUGGACACCUUCCACAUCAGAGAGUCUGAUGACUGUGGCUUGUUCAGACAAUAUUCAACUCCUGGGAGGAAGGGACAGAUGUUCAGGCGAUCUGAUGGUCAGGUCUUCUCAGUCCUGGUCACCGAUGUGUAACUCCGUCCUCAACCCAGAGAACGCGUUUGUUGUAUGUCGGGAACUUGGUUGUGGAGUUCCUCUGGAUUAUCACAGCAUGACGUCGUCCCCCGGGCAAGAUAUGCAAGUGUGGAGUCCUGACUUUAAAUGUAAAGGCAACGAGGAGAAACUUCAGGAAUGUCCCUCAUUCUCAUUCAACAGCACUGAGGAGAAUUGUGGCAAAAUGUACAUCACCUGUAUCGAGCAUCCAGUAAAACCACAAGCAACUUUGUACACCGCCCACAGUGACGGAAUGUAUGUCCUGAGGGGCCAUCGCUUUGCCAUCACCUGCAGCCACAACACGCUUUACACAAUACAAUUCUUCCACCUAAGAACAAGCCUUCACGUGGGAGACCCCACUGUGUGGACGGAACCGGCUGUUGAAAAUUCCGCCACUUUCCUAUUCCCUGCUGCAGAGGAUUCCCACAAGGGUUUCUACUACUGUGCUUACAACUACCAACUCAGUUCAGCAGCGUUCUCUGAAACGGAAACAAUAUCAAUCACCGUUCAAGAACCCCAUGAUCUGAGGUUGAUGGAAGGAGGCAGCCGGUGUGCUGGCAGGCUUGAAGUGAAACAUGACAAGGAGUGGAGGCCAGUAAGUUACCAGAACAACUGGAGUCUGAAGGAAGCAGCGGUGGUGUGCAGACAGCUCCAGUGCGGUUUGGCUGUUUCAACCUCAAAACAGGACAAAACAUCACAACCUGAGCCUGUGUGGCAUUUUUAUUCGGAUUGUGACGGUUCUGAGCUGGCACUGAUGGAUUGUGGGACUGUGAAGAACCAGCAAUCUUCUAGGACGGUUGAAGUGGUCUGCAUGGACGUCCUGCCUCGGCCUAACAUCACCUUGUUCUCCGGCUACACGGGUGAGAAGCAGCAGGACGUGAAGCUCAUCAGGGGCUGCAGCUUCACCAUCAAGUGUUCCGUGGAGCCAUGGUACCCCGACGGCCACUUCAGCCUGAACUUUAGUAGCCUCAAUCAGACUCUCAGCCGCAGGCGGCCGGCUGUCAAUCACUCUGCCCGCUUUGUGUUUCCAAUUGCACACGCGCCGCACGCUGGAAACUACACUUGUGUCUAUCACAACUUUGUUUUUGGGCAGAAUUUCUCCUCUGCGAGCCACGGUCUCUCUCUUAGCAUCUCAGGUAGGAAGAUCCUUAGCAAACAUGUCAACUCAAAACCAGACUGUAACUCACGGUACACCAGUGUGCCGCGGCACAGUGGUUGAAAAACACUGCAUGUGUCAUGAAACUAAGAUAAACUAAAUACACAGAGGACAUAAGUAAAGGAAAUUAAAUGAGCUCAAAUAUACCUACACACGAGGCAUAAUGAUGCAAUAUGUACAUACAGCUAGCGUAAAUAGCGUGUUAGCAUGUCAGCAUGGAUUUGCUCGCAGUCAUGCACUGACCAAAUAUUCCUGAUCAGCACUCCACACAAGUCAAUAACAUCAACAAAGCUCCCCUUUGUGCAUUCACGCACAGCAUAAAACGUUUGGUGGACAAAACGAGACAAAGAAGGAGUGGCAUAAAACACGUCUUCCUGUGGCAGCGUCGGAGAAAGUCGUACAUGUGAACAAACUGUUGAGUCACAGUCCACGCAACGGUGAGUUCAAGGGCCGCUGAAAUUAGUAGGACAAAACGGCGCUCACCAAAUACUCUCAUCAGUGAAGCAGAGACAUAUUAAACAGUGGGCUUUCUAACAAUUAGGACGGUUUGUGUCGUGUUUAUAUCUAAAUGUAACUUAGAUAUUGUGUUUCACUAUGUAAAGCGCAUUGAGUCACUAGAGAAAAGGGCUAUAUAAAUAUAAUUCACUUCACUUAUAAUAGACAUUGUAAGUAGGGAACAGUAAUUUGUUUGAUUACUGAAAAAAGUGACGACUUCCAUAAGGCUGACCAUGUUAUUCCCAUGAUUACAUAAUCAACUAUACAAUAAAUAAAACGUUGAUUGUUUUAGAAGGCAGAUGCUCACAAAAAAUGCACAAAUUACACACAUUUUACAUUAGUUUGGAAUUUGCAGAAGUUUACUCAAUUAGUUUUACGAUACCGUCAAGCUGACAUCACUGCACAGUAUGGAAUAUUUUUGUGAUUUUUCUGAUCGCUUUGAGAUAAAGAUUAUGUAUUUAAUAUUUGUUUACUUACUAUGGUAUAUUAUUUAUUUACUGUUCUGUUACAGAGAACA